GAGAGAGAGAGAGAGCUGUCCUCCCAAUAAAUAAAGAAACGAAUAUGCCAGCAAAGUAACGGAGACCAAAGUAAAUGGGAAGCAACGACGACGACUGACUGACUCAUCUCUCUCUCCUCCUCCACCUCUUUCUAGCUCUGAGAUUGAUCGGAACUAAGCUUUUGAGAUUCCGAUCUUGAUUUCUUUCGAUCAUCAGCCUUCUCAUAGUGAACAGGAUUCGUGCUUCCUCCAGCUCACAAAAUCCACGGGGGUUUUGGAGCCUAUUAAGCUCUAGGUGAAUAUUGGAGUGAUUUGAAAGACUACAAGAUUGAAAAGGAUGCUUGAGGGACCACCAAGGUUCGAUGUGCUCGCUGCUGGCAAUCACAACACCGACCACAAUUACUACCCAUUCACCCAGGACUUCUACAAAAAGCUCGGUGAAGAUGGUACAAACAUGUCCACGGACAGUAUGCAAACAAGUAACGCCGGAGGCUCUGUCUCCAUGUCUGUGGAUAACAGUAGCGUUGGUUCAAGCGAUGCUCUCAUCGGCCAUCCCGGUUUGAAACCUAUGCGCCAUCCCUACUCUCUCUCCGUUGGACAAAGCGUGUUUCGCCCCGGAAGAGUUACACAUGCGCUUAACGAUGAUGCCUUAGCGCAAGCGUUGAUGAAUGGUAGCUACCCAACCCAGGGACUCGCAAACUAUGAAGAGUGGACGAUAGAUCUUAGGAAGCUUCACAUGGGACCCGCUUUUGCUCAAGGGGCGUUUGGUAAGCUGUACAGAGGGACUUACAAAGGAGAGGAUGUAGCCAUCAAGCUACUCGAGAGGCCAGAGAACAGUCCCGAAAAGGCACAAGCCCUCGAACAGCAGUUUCAGCAGGAGGUUUCUAUGCUCUCGUUUUUGAAACACCCCAACAUCGUUAGGUUUAUCGGCGCCUGCAUUAAACCGAUGGUGUUGUGCAUCGUGACUGAAUAUGCAAAAGGAGGUUCGGUCAGACAGUUUUUGACUAAGAGACAAAACAGGGCUGUGCCUUUGAAGUUGGCUGUUAAGCAGGCAUUGGAUGUUGCUAGGGGUAUGGCUUAUGUCCAUGAGCGAAACUUUAUACACAGGGAUCUGAAGUCAGAUAACCUCCUCAUAUCAGCUGAUCGCUCCAUCAAGAUUGCUGAUUUUGGCGUUGCAAGAAUUGAAGUGCAGACCGAAGGGAUGACACCAGAGACGGGAACUUACAGAUGGAUGGCGCCAGAGAUGAUCCAGCAUAGACCCUACACUCAGAAAGUAGACGUGUAUAGCUUUGGGAUCGUGCUGUGGGAGUUGAUAACGGGUCUGUUACCGUUCCAGAACAUGACUGCAGUUCAAGCUGCAUUCGCGGUGGUGAACCGGGGAGUGCGUCCGACGGUCCCAGGGGAUUGUCUCCCUGUGCUUGGGGAGAUCAUGACGCGUUGCUGGGAUGCUGACCCUGAAGUCCGUCCUUGUUUCGCAGAGAUUGUCAAUCUUCUUGAAGGGGCUGAAACCGAGGUAAUGACGACUGUGAGGAAAGCCCGUUUCAGGUGUUGCAUGACGCAACCAAUGACAAUCGACUAAGAGAGAGAGAGAGAGAGAGCAAGAAAGGGCUUUAGAUAUAUGUAAGUUUGUGUGUGUGUGUGUGUGUAUUGAUAUUUAAUAUCCGUUUGUAUCUCUUUUCCCAUGAUAGGAGAAGUAACCCAACCAUUUUAGACUAAUGAUAUAGAAAAAAGGUAUGUA